CUUGAGUAACUGACAGAACAUUAAAGAAAAAGUUCUCCCUUCUGUUAAAUCACUUAAAACUGAUUUUCUUCUGUCGCUCGCUCUGAUCUGGAAACGCUCCAUUUCCAUAAAAAGAGAAAGAAAAAUGGAACCAGACGUAAGCAUCGAAACCUCAUGCAUGAUCCGAAUCGCAAUAAUACCAAUCGGAGCGGUGCCAGCGAAGAUUCUGCGGGAUUACUACUCAAUGUUUGAGGGGCAGCACAGAAUCCCACUCUCAGCAAUAAGCUCAUUCUACACUGAACAUCAGAAAUCGCCAUUCGCUAAUCAACCAUGGGACACUGGUUCUCUCCGGUUUAAAUUCGUUCUGGGUGGCUCUCCUCCUAGCCCUUGGGAAGAUUUUCAAUCCAAUCGCAAGAUCCUCGCUGUUAUCGGCGUUUGUCACUGCCCUUCCUCUCCUGAUCUCGAUUCCGUUCUCGAUCAAUUCAAUGCCUCUUGUAAAUAUUACGCCUCUGCCCUUGUUUCUCGCUGUUUCGCUUUUUCUCCUUGUGAUUCUCAGUUGGAGGAUGGUGGUAAAAAGGGGGAGAAUUUGAAAUUGUUUCCACCGGCAGAUCGGGAAACACUGGAGAUACAUUUGCAAACUAUGAUGCAAGAUAUAGCGGCUUCUUUGUUGAUGGAAUUCGAGAAGUGGGUUUUACAGGCUGAAUCUGCUGGAACUAUACUCAAGACGCCUUUGGAUUCUCAAGCUACUUUAAGCUCUGAGGAGGUGAUCAAGGCUAAAAAGAGAAGGCUUGCACGGGCACAAAAGACGAUAGGGGAUUACUGUUUGUUGGCUGGAUCACCUGUUGAUGCUAAUGCACACUAUUCCACUGCAUUAGAAUUAGCUAGAUUGACUGCAGAUUUUUUCUGGUAUGCUGGAGCUUUGGAGGGUAGUGUUUGUGCCUUGCUGAUAGAUCAAAUGGGUCAAAAGGAUGCAGUUUUUGAGGAUGAAGUCAAGUAUCGGUACAAUAGUGUGAUAUCACAUUACAAGAAGUCAUUUACACCAGACAAUGCUCAAAGAGUUUCGCCUUUAAGCUUUGAACUUGAAGCUACUCUGAAAUUAGCAAGAUUUCUUUGCAGAAGAGGAAUCACUAAAGAUGUGGUGGAGUUGCUAACUAGUGCUGCUGAUGGUGCAAGAUCUUUGAUUGAUGCCAGUGAUAGACUCAUAUUAUAUGUUGAAAUAGCUCGCUUAUUUGGGUCGCUUGGUUAUCAGAGGAAAGCAGCCUUUUUCUCAAGGCAAGUAGCCCAGCUGUAUAUGCAACAAGAUAAUAGAUUGGCAGCUAUCAGUGCUAUGCAAGUUUUGGCAAUGACAACUAGUGCAUAUCGUGUUCAGAGUAGAGCAUCCUUCUCCAGUCAUCCUCCUUCCGACAUAAGUGCUCAGAAGGAAAUUGGAUCCAGCCAUGCUGAUAGCGGGAAAAUGCAUCACGAGUCUAUCGUCUCUUUAUUUGAGUCUCAGUGGAGCACAUUGCAAAUGGUUGUUCUGAGGGAGAUAUUGCUUUCUGCUGUCCGUGCUGGAGAUCCCCUUGCUGCAUGGAGUGCUGCUGCACGGUUAUUGAGAUCAUAUUAUCCUCUAAUCACACCUGCUGGACAGAAUGGCCUUGCUAGUGCACUUACUAAUUCAGCUGAGAGGUUACCUUCAGGAACUCGCUGUGCUGAUCCUGCCUUACCUUUUGUUAGGUUAUACUCUUUUCCUCUCCAUUCUUCUCAUAUGGAUAUUGUGAAACGCAAUCCAGCAAGAGAAGAUUGGUGGGCUGGAUCUGCUCCAACAGGACCUUUUAUAUAUACACCAUUCAGCAAAGGAGAACCAAAUGACAGCAGCAAGCAGGAGUUGAUAUGGAUUGUUGGAGAACCAGUGCAGGUCUUGGUGGAGUUGGCAAACCCAUGUGGCUUUGAUUUAAGGGUUGAUAGUAUAUAUCUAUCAGUGCAUUCAGAAAAUUUUGAUGCUUUUCCUGUUAGUGUAGAGCUCCCACCUAAUUCAUCAAAGGUGAUAACUUUAUCUGGAAUUCCAACUUCAGAGGGGCCAGUGACAAUUCCGGGUUGCACUGUUCACUGUUUUGGUGUUAUUACUGAACACCUUUUUAGAGAUGUCGAUAAUCUGCUUCUUGGUGCUGCGCAAGGUCUUGUGCUUUCUGACCCUUUCAGAUGUUGUGGAUCUCCAAAGCUGAGAAAUGUAUCUGUUCCAAAUAUUUCUGUAGUACCUCCACUUCCGUUGCUAGUUUCUCAUGUUGUUGGUGGUGGCGGUGCAAUAGUUUUAUAUGAAGGUGAAAUACGUGAUGUCUGGAUUAGUCUGGCUAAUGCAGGCACCGUUCCAGUUGAACAAGCCCAUAUCUCGCUCUCUGGAAAAAACCAAGAUUCUGUUGUCUCAAUACCAUAUGAAACCUUAAAAUCUGCACUUCCUUUGAAGCCUGGUGCAGAAGUUAUUCUACCUGUGACACUGAAGGCCUGGCAGCUUGGAUUAGUAGACCUUGAUAUUACUGGUAAUAAGCAUGCCUCUGGAAGUCUCGGGAGACAAUUAAAAGAUGGUAGCAGCCCCACUUUGCUGAUUCACUAUGCUGGGCCCUUGACAGAUUCUGGAGAUCCUCACACAAAGGGAUCUGCUGUUCCUCCUGGUAGACGCAUGGUUAUUCCCUUGCACAUUUGUGUGUUGCGAGGAUUAUCUUUUGUAAAGGCUCGUUUGCUUUCAAUGGAAAUUCCUGCUCAUGUUGGUGAAAAUCCUCCAGAACCGGUUCAUGUUGAGUGUAGCCCUAGUAAAGAAGCUAUUAGUCCAAAAAAGAUGGAUGGAUUGGUAAAAAUUGAUCCUUUUAGAGGAAGUUGGGGACUGCGCUUUCUGGAAUUGGAAUUGUCUAAUCCAACUGAUGUUGUGUUUGAAAUUAGUGUGUCUGUCCAACUUGACAGUCAUGAGGAUAAUCUUUCUGCUGAUCAAGAAGGCACUGAAUAUAGUUAUCCAAAAACAAGAAUUGAUAGGGAUUACUCUGCAAGGGUGUUAAUACCACUGGAGCAUUUCAAAUUACCCAUUCUUGAUGGUUCCUUUUUCAUGAAGGAUUUUCAGCCUGAUGGGGGUAUUGGUGGUAGAAAUUCAAGCUUCUCAGAAAAGAACGCCAAAGCUGAACUAAAUGCUUCCAUUAAAAACCUCAUUUCCAGAAUAAAGGUAAGGUGGCAAUCUGGAAGAAACAGCUCUGGAGAAUUAAAUAUAAAGGAUGCCAUUCAGGCAGCCCUUCAGACAUCUGUUAUGGAUGUGCUGCUACCAGAUCCAUUGACAUUUGGCUUCAGGCUUGUUAAAAGCAAUGUCCCGAGAGAAUCUGAAAUGCCUGUUGACUCCUCUGGGUCUAAAGGUUCUGUGAUGGCUCAUGACAUGACUCCUAUGGAAGUUGUAGUUCGCAACAACACCAAGGAAAUGAUUAGGAUGAGUCUCAGCAUUACAUGCAGGGACGUCGCUGGACAUAAUUGUGUCGAGGGUAGCAAGGCCACUGUUUUAUGGGCUGGUGUUCUGAAUGGGAUUAUUAUGGAGGUGCCCGCACUUCAAGAAUCUAAGCACUGUUUCUCUUUACAUUUUCUUGUCCCUGGAGAGUACACUCUGGUAGCUGCUGCUGUCAUUGCAGAUGCUAAUGAUGUGCUCAGAACCCGUGCAAGAACGGAUUCAGCUGAUGAGCCAAUAUUCUGUCGAGGUCCCCCAUUCCAUAUUCGCAUAAUUGGGACUGCUUGACCAUUCUUCCUGCCACUGUAUCAGGGGUCUGGGGAAUUGCUAUUCAACAUAGGUGAAUUUUGGAUUUUGUUGGCAUCUUUAAUAUGGAUCACAGUGAUUUCCAAAUUAUGCUAGUGAUCUCAUCUUAUUGUACUAUUUGAGUGGACCAGCGGAUGAUUUCAACUCUAUUCGAUGUAUAUUGAGGAUUUCUGAUGCACUUGUAAAUCCAUUAUCAACACAUGCCUUGACGAAAUUCAGUAAUUGCAUACCUUCCCUCAAAAGAAACAAAGAGAUGUGAAAAGAACAACAUGUUGAAUUUGUACAAGUACAUGGUUGAAUGAUUAGGCUGGGUUUUGUUGCGUUA